UUCAGGUCGGAGCCCAACACUUCCGUUAAGAAUGUUGCGCAGAACUUUUAUUCUCUAUAACUGCGCAAUUGCCACUGACUGUCACUGACGUAAUAGUAACAAUCAUGUCGAUCUCAGCUCCUGUCAAUCGUCGAAGCAAUCUCAAGAUAGCAGCAGGAGCUGUAGUAUGCGAAGAGAGCAUACUUAAGGGAGACAUCACUAUAGGUGCAAGGACUGUGAUACAUCCUAAAGCAAGUAUCGUUGCAGAAGCUGGACCUAUUAUAAUUGGAGAAGGGAAUAUCAUUGAAGAAAUGGCAACAAUUGUCAAUAGAUUACCACCUAACAUUGUUGACUCUGCUACUCCAGCACUUCAAAUAAUAGGUAACUACAAUGUAUUUGAAGCAGACUGUACUUGUGAAGCUUCUAAAGUGGGGGACAAUAAUAUUUUGGAAAAUAAAGCAUUUGUUACCCGUGAUGUAGAAUUAACUAAUGGUUGUGUAAUUGGAGCAGCAUGCUCUCUAAUAGAACCAGAAAUCGUACCUGAAAACACUAUUGUUUUUGGAAGCCAAUGUCAUCGCCGAGAAAUGAAUGACAAGCCAUAUCCACAAAUAGGUCAGCUGGAAUAUCUCAUGCGAGUACUGCCAAGUUACCAUCACCUACGCAAAGCUAAUAUAAAAGUAAAGAGUGACCCAGCAACAUAAAAUGUUUCAAAUAUAUAUAACGUAAUUCACCCAAUUGUAUUUAACAUUUUGUUACUAUAAGCUUAUUAGCACUUUGUACGCAUUUAUUCAAUAAACACAUUUAACAUUA